CCCAGUUUUCACUCUCACCUUCUCUGCACUACUCUCUCCUUCCUCUCUCUCUCUCUCUCUCUGCGUACUGACACUUGAGACAAAUUGAUCUUUUUGGGUCCGAAUUUCUGUAAUUUCAGACAAGUCCCAUGUUUGUGAAUUGAGAUAAUUCACUGAAAUUUUUCUUUUCCUGUGUUCUUCUUCAAGACUGUCAUGGAACCACCAUGCUAGAAACGACGAAGGUUCAUGUAUUUGUUUCGAGACAACAAAAGAAAAUAGGAAGGUUUUCUGUGGUUAGGAUGUCAGUAGCUGUUAGCUCAUUUCGCACCUAAUUUAUUCGUUUUGUUUCCUAGUGCCAUGGAAGUAGUAGGCCAUCUGUAGUGAGUAUUAUGAAUUCCUGUUACAUAGAAGCUGGGGCAGAAGAAGGGAUAGAUGUAAGAAAGAUGACAGAACACAAACGAAGCCCCUGCUCCGUUGACCAAAGCAGUAUUACUUCUCUUCCAUCGAAACGACAUAAGACUGAUUUAUCCUUCUCCACAAAGGAGAGGAAAGAGAAGCUUGGUGAACGGAUUGUAGCUCUGCAACAGCUUGUUUCACCAUUUGGAAAGACAGAUACGGCUUCUGUCCUUCUGGAGGCAAUGGAGUACAUACGCUUUCUUCAUGAACAAGUUAAGGUGUUGAGCGCUCCAUACCUCCAAGGCACACCGACAGCUAACACUCAGGAACUAAAGCCAUACAGCUUGAGAAGCAGAGGUCUUUCUCUUGUUCCUGUCUCCUCUACCAUUGGCGUUGCUCAAAGUAAUGGCGCAGAUAUCUGGGCGCCCAUUAAGACGACUUCCCCCAAGUUUGAGAACGACAUCUCACAUUUCCAUUGAUACGAAUCAAUGCUCCGGCUACCAGGAGUCUUGAAGUAACUAGAUUGCAGAGCACAACAAAGUCCGUUGAGGCAGAUUCGGAUUUAUAACUGAAUUCUUAGCAUGACGGCGUUCAAUGUAUUUAUGUUAUUGAAUGUAGUCCUUGCCUGAACUCCAUCUAGUGCAGUCAGCCCCCACCCCCAACCAUUCUGGUUUUCUUUAACUGGUGGUGGGAUAUAUAAUGUAGUCCUGCCAGAACUCCUUCUAGUACGCUACUUGUAUUGUAUACUACAAAAAUGUAUAUUUAUAAACUUGUGAUGUAUAAUGUUUCUGACUGGGAAUUAAUGAAAUAUAUGGUGGGGAAUAUUAUGGUCUUAGAAA